CCGAGAUAUCGGCAAUGGAGCCGAGAGCGACCCAAAGGGAGUCCGCGCUCAACCACACAAAUACUGUCUCAACCACCGCAGAGACUACAGCGCCAGUCUUGAGGAGACCGUCGAACUCAACAAGGGAACACCGAGUGGACGAGGCCAAGGAGGAGGAGGAGGAGAAGGAGAAGGAGGAGAAGAGGAAGACACAGAAGAACGCUAUGUCCAAGAGCGCAAAAGUGCAAGAACGAACCGGAUCGCCUCGUGGUGGGAGCACAGAUCACGAUGCUACUGGGGUGAAGACCACGGCGAAGAAGACGAACGACAAAGGUGCACGAGGGACCAAGCCUUAUCACGUACGCGAGCAAAAGAGCGCUCGAUCAAGAAGCAAAAGAUCAGCGGGACUCAGGCCGAUCACGAGCCCGGCUUGUGGUCGUGGCAGAAAGAGUGUCGGUUCAGACUCGGGCACACCACGCACAACCCAACGGUCUGCAAACACAGAUUCUGGGAGCUGUUCCUCUCAGGCUCAGGUCUCAGGGGAGAUGAGCGAAGUAGAGCCUCUACUUCUAUCGGAUACUGGAAGCAAUUCUCGUGCCACACUCGUAAAUAUCAUAUCAAGACUUUUCCCUUUGGCUACCAAGGUGGACUCCUCGGCGUGUAGCACGGCCGAGUCGGUGUCCGCGGCACGGGCCACCAAGGACCCGGACUCUCUGGAUGACACCUUGGUGGUGGUCGAGGCGCUUGAGGACAAUUUCGGAGACCUGGCUAAGUGGUUUGAGUCGUUUGAGGGCACGAGAGCUCGGGACGUAAUAGGGUUUGACCUGGCUAUGGAAUUGUGUGGAUGUUACGAGCUCGUCCUCAGGAGGUUGGGGAAGGGCAUACGGGACAUAUUCGGCAGGUGUAAAUUUAUACAAAGUGCACGGGAGCUCCAAGACGCUGAGCAAGUGUUGCUGCGGCUAGAGUCUAUUUUAACGGCACCCUCGGAACUUGACUCUUUCCGUGACAUAGCGCGUCUAGUAAAUAGUGAGGCCGGACAUGGUUCAGUGGAACUACAGACCGCACUCGGUGGAUUGUUGUCACACCACAACACAGACUUGUUAUCGGCACUUGCGAUACGGGAGUGUCUUGAUGAGCAUUGGAGACGUGUACACGAGUUAAUCAGUGCUCUCAUUUUCAUGGUCGAGAACGGUGACAAACUGCUUUUGGAGUCGACAAACGUGUGCACAGCGCAUCAGAGCGAGUUGACGUCCUCCAGGGACGAAAUAUCUCGGUUGCACCGUGAGCUUGAGAAGGGCAGGAAACUCUUGACUGAGCUCAAACUUAAUCAAUCGAUUGAAAGUCAGACCGCGAGUGGGACAGUGAUGCACCUUGAAGCAGUUUUGACCGAGUUACAAAAAGCCCAGGCACACGUUGACCGCUUGACCGAGGCGCACGCUCAUUCUCAGGAAAGGUGUUACGAACUGAAACUCAACACAGACGAGAUUGUAUUAGCUCACGAGCGUGAGAAAGACCAAUUGAGCUGGACACUCCACGAAGUACGCAGUCAGCUUAGGGAAAGAGACAUAACAUUGUCUCGUGUGAAGGAGGACCAAGGGAAGGAGACAGAAGGUCUCAACCAACAGAUCGCUAGUCUUACAGAGCGUAAUGGGAAACUGACAAUGGAUAUAGAAGCACUAGAGCAUGCUAGGCUAGAGGCAGUGCAGAGCUACAAUGAAUUGCAAACAGUUGCUCAACGUCAACAGGGUGAACAAGAGGUGCAGCUAUCUGACUUUCGUGGUAUCAUUGACCAGCUUCAGUGCCGAAUAACCAAGGGUGAGGAAAAUGCAAAAGCUGGCCAGGUGGAGUUGGUAUUCUAUAAAGAGGAAACUGACAAACUUACCGAUGAGAUACACAGAUUGGGCACGUGUAAGCGUGUACUGUCUUCCCUGUGUGACUUCUUGGGUGUUCAAACGGUUGACAGGUGGGAAUCCUUGUUACCUACAAUCUUGGCUGAGAGGGAUGCGUCGGUUGACAGGAUUGGGGAAGUGCUUAAACGAACAUGUGUUAAGCGCGAUACCCAAGAUAUCCAAGCUACCAAUGAUCCUGAUAAGAUGGACUUUGUGGCACACACAGGUGAUAUGUUUACAACCUACGAGGUUGUGAUAACUGGCAUAAUACAAUCUCUUGACAACGCGGAGCCUAGACCAAAGAAAGUGGCACAGAAACGAAGACAGAGUUUUGGGUCCCAGGGAUUGACAAUAAAGAGGGAAUAUGCGAGUCCAGAGGACGUUGGACCUGACGAAACUAAGCUACAGAGUACAGAGGGAAAGUGUGAACAGGACAUGUGGUCCCUUGACAUCAAAAGUCACACGGACCGCAAUAACGUGGACAGCUUUGACAUAGAACUUCGUGCUAAUGCCACACAUGUCAGGACACCGAUUCCCAAUUAUAUCGCAAAAUCACUCGGUGCACGCGGGGAUCUCAAGAUACUCGAGUUAGGACAUCUGGAGCCUCUGGUCACUCUAUUGAAGGUGUUACAAGCAGAGGACGAGAUCGAGGCUUGCGCUGAAAUCACACAAAACAAAUGCCAUUGCCAAGAAAUGGAACAGUUCUCGAACAGACUAAAAUGCACCUUGUUCAUUUGUUGGACACCGAGUGGGGAUCAUGAGGUGUACGGCGAUGAUGACCGAACAGGGGCAGUCUAUACUAUCAUUGUACACAAACGAAAAGACGUGAGAAGAUAUUAUUUGCUAGUUGUCAAACCGAAAGGAGAGGCGUUAUACAUGUACAACUUUGGAAAGGUGCCAUUCAAAGGACAAUAUAACGUACCAAGCAAUAAGUUUGUUCAUAUAGCUGAUGGUACAUGUCAAGGCCCGGGUUCAACACAUAAUGUGAUAACUGUCACAACGAAUGAUCUUGUCUUGAAUGAUGAUGUGUAAAUAAAAUACUCUUGGGAGACACUAUGGUUUCCAUUUAUUGAGAUACACACACGGUGAUUCAACAGUCACAGACAUGGACUAAGGCUCCAUGUCCAACUAAGGCUCCAUGUCCAACUAAGACUACAUGUCCGACUAAGGCUCCAUGUCCAACUAAGGCUACUUGUCCGGGUACGGCUCAUUGUCCGACUAGUGCUCAUUGUCCGAGUACGGCUCAUUGUCCGAGUAAGGCUCUGUGUCCGCCUAGUGCGCAUUGUCCGUGUACGGCGCAUUAUCCGAGUACGGCUCAUUGUCCGAGUACGGCUCAAUGUCCAAACACGACUGGCCAUCCAUACAUACCGGCUCCUAUGCAGGAUUCGUUUCUCCGAGCAUACGUGGAGCUUUCUGAGCGGAGUUAUAAGGAGCUGGAAGCCUCACCAUGAUAGGCAACGCAUCAAAACUUGUACCUGGUGCAUAUAUGUGGAUGCGGGUGUGUGUUCCGCUGUGAGAUAGCCCUGUGUGUUUUUGUUCACCCUACAUCCAUUCAGCUGUAGUCAGAGUGUCUCGAUAACGACUGACUACAACCAGGGCUCCUGGACAGAGUCAUGGAUGUGAACUGGUGUGGAAUGUUACAGAGACAUGCUGAUUUCAAGAAGUGCACCGUGGAAUACCACGACCUGAGUCAAAUGGGACCGCAGCAUGAUCUCACGUUCAACUUCAAAGUCAAGCUCAACUGUAACGACCGACCUGAAGAGCAGGCCGUAGCUAUGGGCACUGGCAAGACGAAGAAAGAAGCCAAAGCUAAGGCUGCACAAGCAUUGAUGGCACAAUUUGGCACAUUUAGGGUAAGCGGUUGUCUUGUGCAUACUGUUUAUUUUAUAUAAACCCAAUGGGUAUACUUAACACAUCGAAUGUUUUGUAUCCUAUGUCAGAAGGUACUCUUUCCUGGAGCCCCGAUCACCAAUGAGACGCGUGAAUUGCUGCAGUAUAUCCGUGCACGUCGUAACCCUGAGAUCUCCACAAGUGAUUCUCAGACAUCGAGCGGAGCCGAGCCAAGGUCACAUGACUUUGUAGGCAAAUUACAGAAAUUGUGUCAGAAGAAUAACUGGCCUCUACCGUGGUACACCUACCUGGAUGCACAGCCUAACUACAUUUGCUGUGGCAAUGUGACCGUGGUGAGAGAUGAUGGGGAAAUUCUCAUACGUCUGACAGGUUACGGGACCUCAACGAACGCUGCAAAAGAUGAAGCAGCUGAACGGAUUCUACAACUCACGCUGUCGAUUACACGACUCGUGGACCUAGAGUCUGUGGAUUGAAGAGGACCAUGUCUGCGACCAUAGACACGAGAUACACUAACAACACUUCUAACCAUUCAGUUAUAGCUAACGGUGACUUGUGCUCAUGGAGCAUGGCUGUGCUUGUGUUGUUGACUGUUACCUUGUUUGUGUAUGGCUUGUAUUGCAUCAAUGUGCUAUGUACAAGAAAGAGAAGAUAUGCGAGUUUGCCUGAGAUCACAGUAUGAAUGUACAAUGCAUGCAAAUGUUUCUUUGCAAAUAAACACCCAAAGACUUCAACUGA